CAACGCCGACCCGGGUCUGCUGCCUGCCUGAGGCGCGCGUCGAGGGCGCAUGGGGCGCGCGUGCAUGGCCCCCGACUCGCCCCCAUAAUGUCCACGGGCCAGCCCCGCAGGAACAGACGCCGACGCCGCGCUGAAGCCUGCCUGGCCCACGGAUCACGGCGCCCGCCCUCCCUCCGCUCGCCCCCGGCCCACCCCGGAGCAUGGCUGCCCAGCGGACGGGCCCCGGGGCCCCGGGAGGCAAGGCCCAGCGCCCCGACGGCCACAAGGCCGGACCCAAGGCAGCCUCCGCCGCCGCAGCUUCGGAUCUGCUCCGCCGCCCCAGCUACUGCCACGCCGCCUUCGCCCUCAAGCAGAUCUCCAAGGGUAAAGCCGUGGGCCAGAAAGCCCCGUUGUGGUUGCGGGCCCAGUUCCAGGCUCUGCUCUUUACACUGGGAUGCUGGAUCCAGCGUCAUUGUGGCAAAGUACUUUUUGUGGGACUGCUGGUGUUUGGGGCGCUGGCUCUAGGGCUGCGCGUAGCCUCCAUUGAGACGGAUAUUGAGCAGCUCUGGGUAGAAGAGGGCAGUCGUGUCAGCCAAGAGCUUCGGUACACCAAGGAAAAACUAGGAGAAGAAUCUCUCUACACAUCACAGAUGCUGAUACAAACUCCCAAACAAGAAGGAGAAAACAUUCUGACCCUGGAAGCCUUGGAAAUGCAUCUUGAAGCUGCUCUAGCUGCUAGCAAAGUGCAGGUCUUACUCUAUGGAAAGUCUUGGGAUCUCAACAAAAUAUGCUACAAGUCUGGUGUCCCCAUAAUUGAGAAUGGAAUGAUUGCACGGAUGAUCGAGAAGCUCUUUCCCUGUGUUAUUGUGACUCCACUGGAUUGCUUCUGGGAUGGCGCUAAGCUGCAAGGGGGCUCUGCUUACCUUCCGGGUCGACGUGAUAUCCAGUGGACCAACUUAGACCCUAUUCAGCUGAUGGAGGAGCUGGGUCAGUUUGCCUCACUGGAAGGAUUCAAGGAGAUGCUGGAUAAGGCAGAGGUUGGGCAGGCCUAUAUGGAGCGACCUUGCCUUGACCCCUCGGACCCUGAAUGUCCUACCAGUGCCCCCAACAGCCAAAGCAAGCAGAAACCAGAUAUUCCUUCUGAGCUCACCAGUGGCUGCCAUGGCUUCUCCAAAAAAUAUAUGCACUGGCAAGAGGAGUUGAUUCUAGGAGCCACAGCAAAGGACUCCCAAGGCAAAUUACAGAGAGCUGAAGCCCUUCAAAGCAUGUUUCUGCUAAUGAGCCCACGGCAGCUCUUUGAGCACUAUCGGGAUGACUAUGAGAUUCAUGACAUCAACUGGAGUGAGGAGAAGGCAGCUGCUGUGCUGGAGGCCUGGCAGCGGGAGUUUGUUGAGUUGGCCCAGGAAUCCCUGCCUGCAAAUUCGUCUCAGGCCAUACAUGCUUUCUCCACCACCACACUCAAUGAUAUCAUGAAAUCCUUCUCAGAUGUGAGUGCCAUCCGCGUGGUUGGCGGGUACCUGCUGAUGCUGGCAUAUGCCUGUGUCACCAUGCUGCGCUGGGACUGCUCCAAAUCACAGGGUGCUGUGGGCUUGGCUGGGGUUCUUCUAGUUGCCCUUUCGGUGGCAGCAGGACUUGGAUUCUGUUCCUUAAUGGGAAUCUCAUUCAAUGCAGCCACCACCCAGGUUUUGCCUUUUCUUGCACUGGGUAUUGGUGUGGAUGACAUGUUCUUACUGGCUCAUGCCUUCACAGAGACCAGCCAACAUGUCCCCAUCAAGGAGCGAACUGGUGAAUGCCUGCGGCACAGUGGCACCAGUGUAGCGCUUACCUCCGUCAAUAACAUGAUAGCCUUCUUCAUGGCUGCCCUUGUGCCUAUCCCGGCUCUCCGUGCUUUCUCUCUGCAGGCUGCUGUUGUAGUUGUUUUUAACUUUGCCAUGGUGUUGUUCAUCUUUCCUGCCAUCCUGAGCUUGGACCUUCACCGACGUGAAAAUAAGAGACUUGACAUUUUGUGCUGCUUCUACAGCCUCUGCUCCUCCCGCGUCAUCCAGAUCCAGCCUCAAGAAUAUGCUGAUGCGAAUGAUAACCAUACUGUACCUCCUUAUCCACAUGGCCAUCCAGCAUUGGCCACCAGCACCCGUAUCACCACUACAGUGCAAGCCUUCACACAGUGUGAUCCUUCUGGGUGCCACGUGGUCACCAUCUUGCCUCCCACGCAGCAUGUCUUCACCACACCUUCCACUCUUGUGCCUGCUAACCCUCUUGGCUCACAGAUCUUCACUCCUGCAAGCUCAACCCGGGAUCUUCUGGCACAAAUGGACGAGGGCAAAGGUGGCCAGGAUUGUGUGCCAUUUCCUUUUUGUCAAUGGAACUUCUCCAACUUUGCUCGGGACAAAUAUGCACCCAUUCUUCUGCAGAGCCAAACUAAGGGCAUUGUAGUAGUCCUCUUCCUGGCACUGCUGGGCCUGAGCCUAUACGGUACAACCAGAGUACAUGAUGGACUUUACCUGACAGAUAUUGUUCCACGAGGAACAAAAGAGCAUGACUUCAUUUCAGCCCAGUUCAAGUACUUCUCUUUUUACAACAUGUUUGUGGUGACCAAGGGUGGCUUUGACUACCCCAACUCCCAGAAGGCCCUCUAUGGUCUGCACCAAGCCUUCGAUGCCAUCCAGUAUGUUGUACGUGAUGAGAAGCACCAGUUGCCUAAGAUGUGGCUGCACUACUUCCAGGAUUGGCUGCAAGGUCUUCAGGCAGCCUUUGACCAAGACUGGGAAGCUGGACUCAUCACCAGAGAGAAUUACCGCAAUGGAUCAGAGGAUGGUGCCCUGGCUUACAAGCUUCUCAUCCAGACAGGCAACAAGAAGGAACCUUUCAAUCUAAAUCUACUGACCACUCGCCGCCUGGUAGAUGAGAAUGGGAUCAUUCCCCCUGAUAUCUUCUACAUCUGCUUGACAGUGUGGGUGAGCAACGACCCCCUUGGCUUUGCUGCCUCCCAGGCCAACUUCUAUCCACCACCCCCAGAAUGGAUCCAUGACAAGUAUGAUGCCACUGGCGAGAACCUUCGAAUUCCAGUAGCACAGCCCCUGGAGUUUGCUCAGUUCCCCUUCUACCUCAAUGGAUUGCGGCAGACUUCGGACUUUGUGGCAGUGAUUGAGAGUGUGCGCGCCAUCUGUGAUGAGGUGGCCCAGACGCAUGGCGUGUUCAGCUACCCUAGUGGCUAUCCUUUCCUCUUUUGGGAGCAAUACAUAGGCCUGCGCCACUGGCUUUUACAGGCCAUCAGCAUUGUGUUGGUUUGCACUUUCCUGGUGUGCACUCUGUUGCUACUCAACCCUUGGACCGCUAGUAUCAUUGUAUUUGUUCUGGCGAUGAUGACAGUUGAACUCUUUGGGAUCAUGGGCCUAAUGGGCAUCAAACUGAGUGCCAUUCCUGUGGUCAUCCUUAUUGCGUCAGUGGGCAUUGGUGUGGAAUUCACUGUACAUGUGGCCCUGGGUUUUCUCACAGCCAUUGGCAACCGAAAUGUGCGCUCCACCGUGGCCCUAGAACACAUGUUUGCCCCUGUGAUGGAUGGUGCUGUUUCCACUCUGCUUGGUGUACUUAUGUUGGCUGGAUCUGAAUUUGAUUUCAUUCUGAGGUAUUUCUUUGCUGUGCUGACCAUCCUGACAAUUCUGGGGCUGCUCAAUGGCCUAGUCCUGUUGCCUGUCCUGCUGUCUAUCAUUGGACCACCUGCAGAGGUCACACCAGCUGAUAAUGGCAGCUGCCUUCCAACACCAUCACCUGUCCCACCACCCAUCAACCACCACAGCUUUUAUGUUUGCCAGCCUGGUGGGGCCUUUAGUGACUCUUCAGACUCAGAAUACUAUUCAGAGAGCACUGGCGCAUCAGACAUUGGUGAAGAUGAUCGCAGCACAUACAUCAUCCCACCAACGCAAUCACACAUCUUGGUCAAGGCCAGCAAAAGCCCCAGCUUCCCCAAAAUUACUGUGGUGAAAAGCUGCAAAACAAGCCUUGAAUCACCUCUGUCUUUGGGCAGCCCAGAGUGGACUCAAACCGCAAUCCCUACAAGCCACAUACCUCCCUUUGCCACAGAGGUUAAAGAGACUUCAAAGCAGCAAGAGCAGACGGACCCUGGACUAGGGCCCCGGAUAGCUCGGACUGCCCCCGUUCCCUCUCGGACCAACCUUGUUACCCACGGCACCAAAGUGCCACCUCUUGGACCUGGUGGCACGUUUGCCACAGUUACAGCGACUGCAUCCGUGAUGCUGGCCUUGCACCCAUCCCUGCCUGGCUCUUGCCAGGGCUACACACAUGAGGGCUUUGAAUCUGAUGGCCCGGAGGAGUCUGGUAUAGAUCUCUCGGACAGCUUUGAACUGCAGGACCUCAGCCAGAGACACUAGCUCUGCCAGUCUAGGUCCUGGCACUCAAACUCCUGCCUCAGGGAUGGGAUGUAUACAGCAUCUCACAUGGGGAGAGGGACCCAGAUGGUUCACACACAGACACACACAUACUGUGAAGCAUGCUGGACCCAUAGAAGUUCUUCCACUGUGCCUGACCAACUGUAGAUGUAGACAGUGCCUUUGAGAACUGGAGCAAAGGGGCCGGAGGAGCUUCUUCAGUAACCAUUCAGCAAAAAGGUUGAUGGGAGAAUCUCUCAGCACCUGGUCCUCCACACUCCCAUGUCAUGUUUCUUGAGGUGUAUCUGCCAUCCAAAAACACACCAGUUUCUUGGUUGCUGGAGCUUAUGGCUUCAAAACAUCGGUUGUUUGUGUCCUUACAUUGGAUGGAUGGCCCAAAGAGUGUUGGGUCCCAGUCACCUAGAGACAGGGAAAGCUCCAGUCCCAGCAAACCUGCAGAAUGAAAGGGGCUGUUGCCCAUAUGCUGUGUGAAGCAUCUCAUGGUCAACAUCAGAACAGGGCAUGAGAAUUUCCCAAGAGCCUACCCUCCCGUGGAGAGAGCAGGACUCAACUUAUGUGUGGGGGAGAGUUCUCCCACAUUGUGCUGCUAUUCUUUUAUUUUUAUUAAUAUUAAUAUUAAUAUUAUUAUAAUAAUUAUUUUAAGCUGUAUAAAAAGAGUCACAAACCCUUACCCUUAAAAUUAUAAUAAUUAUUUUUUAUUAUUUUCACAGAUCCCUCGUUUAAAAAAAAGUGGGGGUAUCCCUUUAAGGGGAAAUGCGAGGGUGAAGUUGUAAUGGGGAGAGCAUGGAGUGAAGGGAGCAUGCAAUGGAGGGGCACCAUGUGUCUUAACGUUCUAUGCAAGCUGGUGGGACAGGAUGUGCCCUGCUCCUGCCUCCACCAGCACAAAUGCCUGUGCUUGCAUCUGCCAUGUGGUUCUUCUGGAUUUUCUUUGAAUCCCUCCCUAUUCUACCCCAUGCUUUCUGUGUCCUCCUUUUCAGCUUGUUUACCUCUGUUCUCAUCCUGGUAUCAGCUUCUCAUACAAGUGUCCUUUAAGCAAAUCUAUAGAAUCUCCUAGUACUGUAUUUCUAUUCCCAGCUUCAUAAUUUCCAAGAAACAUCAUUGCACCAUAACUAAUAGAAGACAAAUGGUAACUGCAUGGAGAUUGUUCAGAACAGAGAGUUUUCUCGUCCCGAGAAUCCUGCAAACAGGACUUUCCAUGCUCAGCCAGAGCUGAGAUGUCUGGAAAACUAAUUUGUAUAGGUGUGGAUUUAUCUGUGCUUUUGAUUCCAUAUUGUAAAUGGCGCGUCUCACAAAGUAUUUUACACUCCAACAUAGUGCUAAUGUGUUUCAUACCUGGGAAAUAUUUUGGUUAUGAUUGGAAUGCUUCAAAUAGGAAUUUGAUGUUCUAGAGAGGAUAAUGCUUUAAUAAGGAGGUUGGACUUUCUCAUGGUAAAUUCAAUCAUUCACUGUCCUCAUUGAGGGCCCUUCCACACCGCUGAAUAAAAUCCACAUUGAACUGGAUUAUAUGGCGGUGUGGACUCAGAUAUUCCAGUUGAAAGCAGAUAAUGUGGAUUAUCUGCCAGGAUAUUCUGGGUUAUAUGGCUGUGUGGAAGGGCCCUGAGCAAAUCUAUGGAUGAUACCAUAUUCUCACUGGGAUCAGUGCACACACUAUUUGUGUUACAAGUUGUGAUUGGUCGAGUUUUCUUGUUCCCUGUUCAGAUAUAAUUUGUGUGUAGGAAAAUCUCCUAUGAUAAAUUGUCCCUUAAUUUGAUCCAGGAAGGAUCUGACAACAGUGUCUCCCACUCAGAAAGAUUCUCCAUCUAGUCAUUAGAGCAGAAAGUGUUCAAAGAGAGAACCAAGGGCUGGGCAAAACAUUUCAUUUUCCUAACCAAAAGUAUGAUCGCCGUGGUUGUUGCUUCUGUUUCUAAACAAUCUUUCAAGUUCAUCUUCUUUGGUUAGAAAUCUAGAAAUGAGCAGUCACUUGGCAGGAAGAUGGGCAUUGAAGGACAAGUUCUGUUUGCAUCUGACAACACUUGAUUUCAAUGUAACCAAUCACAAUUCCUUUACUGAACAUGUCAGGUUUUUCCUUCUAGUUUAAGGACAGAGGCCCAUGCAAUUUAAAGUGGAUUUUUUAAACAGUACAUUAAAUUGUUCCAAAAAAAAAAACAGGUAGGGUUUUUUUUAAGUGUUGUCAAUUAGCCUUUCUUUUUUACGCCAUUGAAAGGAAAGAGGAGACAGAAAUAUGAACAAAUAGAGUGCCAUUCAUUCACCAGUUGACUUGGAUGUAAUGAAGCACUGCAGUUUUUCUGUGAGAUUAUUACAAAGUAAUGUCUAAACAUGGUUACCAUUUUUAUUGCCAACAUGGCUUUGAAGAGGUGAUGUAGGCAACUGUGAGGGGCAGUAAAAUUCCAGAAACCCUUUAUUAAUAAAUCUAUCAGGGGAAACCACAGUUCCCUAUGCCCCAGAUCUUGGGACAAUGGCCUGAGAUGCGGGCAGUUGUUUUCUAUCCUCACUUUCUGGUUUUCCUCUGCAGCUUUUUCUGCCUCAAUUUGUCAAAGUAAAUCCAUUUUAUUGUGUGGAAUAGGAAACCAGCUAAAACUUUGAAAAACAAUCCAGUGAGGAUGAAUGCAGAUUAUAUUGUCACUUUGACCUGGAUACAGUCCCAAACAUGCACACGUCUAACAAAAGGAUUGGGAUAAAAAUUACUUUUCGACAGUCUCAAUUGCUGGUUUUGUAAUGUUUUUAGGAAGCUUCCAACUGCAGAUGUUGAUGAGCAUGUUCGAUUCUGAUGGUUGGUUCUUUUUGCAGUGUUAAUGAUGCUUUUGGUGUGUAAACACUUUACAGCUUUGUCUGUAGAAUGAUAUAAACUAGGCAUUUCAGUUGCCCUCUACCCAUUCUUUGCUAGCAUGGAGGAUACCCCACUGAGGGCUUUCUGUGAAAUGGUGACCUUCUUGAGAAUACAGUUUUGUGCUCUUUGGACACAGUGGGCAAGGUCCCUUCCACACAGCUGAAUAAAAUCCCACAUUAUCUGCUUUGAACUGGAAUAUAUGGCAGUGUGGAUUCAUAUAACCCAGUUCAAAGCAGAUAUUGUGGGAUUUUCUGCCUUGAUAGUCUGGGUUAUAGGGCUGUGUAGAAGAGCCCCAAGGCACCUUAGCUGACCAGUUUACUUGUGUGAGAGAGCAAGUCUGAUUCACCUUGGAGUCAUUUCCCCCCUUACUUUCUUCCUUCUAACCCCCCAGCACUUUAUUAUUAUUGUUAUUUUAUUUUUAAGAACUCCCUGUACCCAAUGACUGCUGUAAUUUUACUCUCCAGCCCAUAUUGGAUUCCCUUUUAAUCUCUUGCUGCCAAGAAAAUUUCUCCUGAGGUUUUCACAGCCUGUUUGUAAUGUGAAUGCUUCAGUAAGACUGGGCCUCCAGCUAAAAUAAAUCAGCGCUGUUCAUUUACAACGAGCCAUGAUUGCUGGACCAGAGGAAAUUCCCUGUAGAAACUGGCCACAUUGCAGGGCCUGGCUGAGCCAUUUGGAUUUGCUCAGUUUGCCAGCCCAGAACUAUCAUAGGUAGCCCAGAAACUACUGUCGAGAUUAGAAUCAAGUAACAGCUGACAUUUCUCCUGCAUUGUUCCCUUAUCCAUGCUAACCACCCACUGCCUAAAAUCAGCUAAGUGCUUCUAGGAAACUCAUAAUAGAAAUGGUGCUCCCCAUUCCCCUCAACCAGUUUGGGACCAGAGAAGCAUAGGGAAAUGGUGGAGAGGGGACACACUGUGUGUGCAUGCGUGUAUUUGUGCGUGUGAGAGUGCAUGUGAUUGUGUAGCGGGUGUGCUGGAGACCUUUUAACCUGAAAUGUUGUCAUGCCAUAUAAAUUAUUUAUAUGAAAAAGAAAAAAGAUUUAUUUUUGUAGUUUGUACAGACCUCUAGCCUUGCAAUGGAAGUUUUAUUUUUAAAAGUAAAUAUAUAUUAUAUAUAAAGCUA